AUGCAGCUUCCUGCAUCUUCAUGGUACAUAGGUGUGUGGCCCUAUGCUCCAGGUGUCCCCCAGCGUGUGAGUGGAAAGGUGCGGGGUGUAGUGGCGGUGGGGAACAGCCUGGUGGAGCUGGCCGAUGUGGAUCUGCACGCCUAUAUGGUGGUGGGGGACGGACGAGCCUUCGCCACCCUCAGCCGAGUCCCCGAGCACGCUGGCGCGGCACUGAUGCCCCUCACCCCCAUCGGAGGCUUGUUUGGUUGGCUGUUUGCCCUGGAGAUGCCAAACCACCAAAAUGGUUUCAGCAUCACCGGUACUGAAUUUACGUGCCACACGGAGAUGAUAUUCAGGCCAGGAAACCAGCGUGUGUCCAUCGUUCAUGAAGCCAGGGGCCUGGACUACCACAAUUACCUGGGCGUGGACACCCGUAUCCAUGGAGACUUGCCCUUCAUAGCUCCUGGUGCCACAGUGCAGAUCGAGCCUUACAAGGAGAUUUUCCAGUACUAUCCAUCAGUGGUGACAGCCACGUCGGUGCGCAAGUACACUGUGGUAUCAGCGGAUGGCAGCUUGGAGACCUUCUCCUUCCUUCUGCAUCAGAAUGUGACGUAUAGGCACUGUCCGCAUGGCCCGCCAGCCAGCCCUGACACCCAGCAGCUGAGCGUGGAGCGUGUCACCGUCAUGUACGAGACAGAGGAGCAGAGCCUCAGAUAUGCUUCUGCUAACACCAUAGGGCCUGUCAGAGCAGAGCCUUCUUCAGUGAAUCCCUGCUAUGAUGGCACCCACGACUGCCACAUUACUGCCCUAUGCCUGCCUGGUGAAGGUUCCAUGUUCCACUGCCAGUGUGCUCUGGGAUACUGGGGCAAUGGCCGCAGCUGUCAUGAUGUUGAUGAGUGUACCGAAGGCCUCAGUACCUGUGGUUUUCUCUCUCAGUGUGUGAAUGUUCCAGGCAGCUAUCACUGCCUGUGUCACAGUGGCUACCAGACGGACUUAGAUGGAUGGACCUGCGUAGAUAUUGAUGAGUGCCUGUCCCAGCUGUGCCAUCCCCACGCCUCCUGCACCAACUUCCCAGGCUCCUUCCAGUGCCGAUGCUGGCUCGGGUUCCAGGGAGAUGGGUUCCAGUGUCUGCCCCCUAGUGUGCACUCUCAGCACCCUUUGACCCAAUGCGAGCAGCACAGAGACACUCUGCUAGAGAGUCUGGGGCCUUGGGGAGCACGGUCUGUCAUGCAGGGGGCGUUUGUGCCCCAGUGUGAUGAGGACGGUGGGUACAGACCCCUGCAGUGCCAUGGCUCUACAGGACACUGCUGGUGUGUGGACAGCAGGGGCCAGGAGCAAGCUGGGACCAGGACAUUCCCAGGUACCCCACCCUCCAACUGCAACCAACCAGCCCCAUCCAUACCACGCCCUGAGACAGUAUGCGAGCGCUGGAGGUAUACCCUAUUGGAUCACUAUGGAGGCCAGCCAGUCUCCAAGGACUACAUACCCCAGUGUGAUGCCGUGGGCCAGUUUAAACCUGUGCAGUGCUAUGGAGACAGCACCUACUGCUGGUGUGUGGACCGCGAUGGGAGGGAGGUGAUUGGAACGCGCUCGCAUGAUGCCGUGAAGCCUGCCUGCAUUCCGACUGUGGCUCCUCCCACAAUACAGCUGCCAUCUCGGCCCAAUGUUGCACCGCCCUUUUCAGGCCCCAUGCUCCUAUAUGCUCAGGGGCAGCAGAUUGGGGCAUUGCCUCUGAAUGGGGCUCACAUGGACAAGGAGAAAGCCUCAAUCCUACAAACACUGCAGGGAUCCAUUGUUGUUGGGAUUGACUACGACUGUCGGGAGAAGGUGGUGUACUGGACAGACCUUGGCACCCAAACAAUCAGCAGAGCAAGACUUGACCCAUGGGGGGAACCUGAGACCGUUGUCAGCUCAGGGUUGACUAGUCCUGAGGGCCUAGCUGUAGACACGUUACACAGGACACUUUUCUGGGUAGACAGUGGGACGGACAGAAUCGAAACAUCUGGUCUGGAUGGCAGUGCCCGAAGAGUUCUUUUCAACACUGAUCUGCUGAACCCACGAGCCAUUGCUGUGGACUCUUCCAGUGGAACCCUGUACUGGACAGACUGGAACCGAGACUCUCCAAAAAUAGAAAGUUCCAAAGUGGACGGCCACAACAGGAGGGUGCUGGUGCAAAAUGGAAUUAGGCUUCCCAAUGCCUUGACCUUUGACCCCUCCAUGAAACACCUGUGCUGGGCCGAUGCAGGCACCAAACGGCUCGAGUGCAUAUUCCCCGAUGGGACAGGGAGACGUGAGAUCCAGAAAGGUCUGAGCUACCCCUUCAGCCUGGUGUCCCAUGACAACUAUUUCUUCUAUUCAGACUGGACAAGAGAGGCAGUCUUGGUCCUGAGUGAGGAUGGCCAUUGGGUUACAGAUGAGUACCUGCCUGAUCAGAAGUCUCACCUGUAUGGAAUCACCAUAACCUCUCCCAUCUGCUCUUCAGCCGCCUCCAGCGUCGUUUCUGAGAUUUUGGAAGUUCGUCCAAACAGGCCUCAAAAUCGCAGACCACGUGUAACCACGCCAGCCCAGGACAGCCACAUCUGA